CGCGCCAGACGCCGGCGGCUGAAGGGCAGGGGCGGCCGGGGCCUCGGCGGCGGGGGCUGGGCCCAUGGCGACGGCGGUAGCGGCUGGGGCCGGGGCCGCGGCGGGGGCCGAGUCGGCCGAGGGGCCCCCGGGGCCGGCGGCGGCGGCGCUGGAGCUGUGGCUCAAUAAAGCCACAGACCCAAGCCUGUCAGAACAGGAUUGGUCAGCUAUCCAGAAUUUCUGUGACCAAGUGAACACUGAUCCCAAUGGCUCAACCCAUGCGCCCUGGCUGCUGGCUCACAAGAUCCAGUCUCCACAAGAGAAAGAAGCUCUUUAUGCCUUAACGGUGCUGGAGAUGUGUGUGAACCACUGUGGGGAGAAGUUCCACAGCGAGGUGGCCAAGUUCCGCUUCCUGAAUGAGCUCAUCAAAGUGUUGUCCCCAAAGUACCUAGGCUCCUGGACCACAGAAAAAGUUAAAGGAAGAGUCAUUGAAAUACUCUUCAGUUGGACAGUAUGGUUUCCAGAAGACAUCAAGAUCCGAGAUGCUUAUCAGAUGCUGAAGAAGCAAGGAAUCAUAAAGCAAGACCCUAAAUUACCAGUGGAUAAAAUCUUGCCCCCACCUUCUCCCUGGCCCAAGAGCUCCAUCUUUGAUGCUGACGAAGAAAAGUCAAAGCUUCUGACAAGGCUUCUGAAGAGCAACCAUCCUGAGGAUCUUCAGGCUGCAAACCGGCUGAUCAAGAGUUUGGUCAAGGAGGAACAGGAAAAAUCGGAGAAGGUGUCCAAGAGGGUCAGUGCUGUGGAGGAGGUACGGAGCCAUGUGAAGGUGCUGCAGGAAAUGCUGAGCAUGUACCGACAGCCCGGGCAGGCCCCGCCAGACCAGGCGGCCUUGCAGGUCGUGUAUGAGAGAUGUGAAAAGCUGCGGCCCACCCUGUUCCGGCUGGCGAGCGAUACCACCGAUGACGACGACGCGCUCGCGGAGAUCCUCCAGGCAAAUGACCUUCUCACCCAGGGAGUUCUGCUGUACAAACAGGUGAUGGAGGGCCGUGUCACCUUUGGGAACACAGUGGUCAGCUCUGUGGGAGACAUACCUGUCUCCAGAGUCUUUCAGAAUCCAACAGGCUGCAUGAAGAGCUGCCCUCUGAUUGACUUGGAGGUGGACAGUGGGUCUGAGCAGGCUGGGACUGCGGCGCCAUCUUUACUGCAUCAGGACCUGGCAGCCUUAGGAAUCAGUGAUGCCCCAGUUACCAACAAGGUUGCGGGUCAGAGUUGCUGUCAGGAAGAGAGGAAGCCCGUCACCAGCACACUGCCAGGUGGUGGUGCUCAGAGCCCUUCUGCAGAAAGGAGCCUGCUGGACCUCCUCUCCCCGCAGCCGUCUCUGGGACCUCUGAAUUAUAUUCCACAGAAAAGUAUCCCCAAGGAAGUGCCACCAGGUACUAAGUCCUCUCCAGGUUGGUCCUGGGAGGCUGGCCCAUUGGCUUCUUCCCCGUCUUCCCAGAAUACACCUCUGGCUCAAGUGUUUGUCCCUUUGGAGUCUGUUAAGCCCAGCAGCCUGCCUCCUGUUGUCGUGUAUGACCGGAACGGAUUCAGAAUUCUGCUCCACUUUUCCCGGACUGGGGCCCCCGGCCACCCGGAGGUGCAGGUGCUCCUGUUGACCAUGAUGAGCACGGCCACCCAGCCCGUCUGGGACAUCAUGUUUCAGGUGGCUGUGCCAAAGUCAAUGAGAGUGAAACUACAGCCAGCGUCCAGCUCCAAGCUUCCUGCUUUCAGUCCUUUGAUGCCUCCAGCUGUGAUCUCUCAGAUGCUGCUGCUUGACAAUCCACACAAAGAGCCCAUCCGGUUACGGUAUAAGCUGACAUUCAACCAGGGUGGACAGCCUUUCAGCGAAGUAGGAGAAGUGAAAGACUUUCCAGACCUGGCAGUCUUGGGUGCAGCCUAACUCCUCACAGGACAGACCCUGCCAUUCAAGCUUAGGCCAGUGUUAGUUUUGCUGUCUACAUAGGACUAAUCACGGUGAUUUAGUGCAGAGUGCCAAGAGUUCUAUCCUGACAUCAGGCUCUGGAUGCCAUCCUCUGACUUAUUCUGCAGAUGUUGUGUGUGUGUGUGUGUGUGUGUGUGUGUGUGUGUGUGUGUGUGUGUGUGUGUGUGUGUUGCCAGGGGGUUGAGGGGGAGGGAUGUGGGCAGUGUGAGAAAUGCUAAAGCAUUUCUGAUAACCACCUGCUACGAUCAUAUCUGGUUUUGCAUGUUGGUGGACACUGAUGUCCCUGCCUCAGGUUGGAGGUUUUAUAAGCCAAAGUUGUUGUUGAUGUUUUCCAUGUGCUAUUAUCUUUUCAUUCAUCCAAUCUGUGCCUUGUCAGCCUUUGAAAGUCUUGGUUGCUCCCAGGCUGCUGUUCUCAGGGACCUUAAAAGGGACCUGGUUGGUCUUGGGGCAGGGUGUCUUCUGGGACACUCUCUUCCAAGAAAGACCUUGUCUCCAUUUCCAUUAGUGAAUGCUGCUUGCAUGUGUUCAGGAAGACCUUCUAAAUGGAAUGCUUGUUGCACUGUGUCCUAGGCGAGGGGCUGCCGCUAGACCAGAGGACCGCGCUUGGUGGGCCCAUCAUGUCCUUCACCGCUGUGCCUUAGAAUCGCCCAUAGGUGGACCCUUCAGGGCAGAGGGGAAAGCAGAUCCCAGGCCUUACUCAGGCCUCAGGUUCCAUGGGUUGGACAGCCUGUCUGGACCCCUCCUCAGGACCCUCAUCUCCAUCCUCAUCCUUUUUCUCCACAAGCAUUUGCCCAGAGCUCUUUGAUUGUGACACCAUGCCAGUCAUUGUAAAUCAUAAUUAACAGGUUCGCCCUGGGCUGUUGACUUCACAAUCCAAGAUGAAGAACUGUGAUGCAAAUGAGAUGUGAAAAGAGUUUAGCAAUGAAAAGUGGUGACUAAAUAUAGAAAGUCAUUGAAUAAAUACCCGUGUAGCAAAUAUACUUUGUGGAGUUUUGAGUAAGUGGCAGAUGCAAAGCCUGUUGCAUUUAGAGAUACAGGCUUAAAGGGAUCGCUCCUCUGUUGAAGUAAGGGAAGACUUCCCAAGGGAUGUGGAAACCUGAGAACUGCUUCAGUGAAGAGAAGCACUGAGGAUCUGAAUGAAGCUGGAAGAGCGGUGGGUUCUUGUUACAGUCAUGGUGUGAAGGAAAAAUGCGGGCUUAUGAUCAUUUAAUACUUAGCACCUACUACGUGCUAGGCACUUGUGCGUGUUUUACAGGUCCUGCUUGGCCUGAUGUGUGGGUGAGGAGAGCCUGGCUGAGGUGGCCUGACAAAGGAUGCGAGAUCCGAGCAGCUCACCUCUCUGGGCAGGAUUCUGCCUCAGAAACUGCAAGGCUCUGUUUGGAGCUCUUUAUCACAAAACCUGGUACUUCACAGUCUGAUCUUUCACCUUCUACAUAUAGUGGGAAAUCUGCCAGCCUCUGGUGGGGAUGGGAUCUGUAAAAAAAAUCAAGCUUUGCUACUUUUAAAGCAAAUGUGAAAACUCAUAAAACAGUUGUAUGAUGGGGUGGUUUCUUCAUUUGGUGUAACUUGUAAGGUUCAUUUCAGUCUAAAAUUUUGUGUUCAAAUAUUCUAUGUAGCCUUUAUAGGCUCUAGCUAUUUCAUAAAGUCUCCUAGAGGUGCCCCUCAUAAAGACAGUGCCUACCUAUGAAGAACUUCCAUCAAAAUGGGUAAAUGAGACCUGCACAUGAAAAGACUUUAUCCUGUAGUUAAAAGGUAGACUUACUGUGUGUGAACAUUCUUCUGUCUUCUGGGAGACAGACUCCCAGUGGUGCUCUGCUUAGGUAGAGUUGGGCAGGGUAAGGGGGUAGGGGGGUUGGGUAUUCUGAAAGUGGCCCUGGUUUAUGUUUUCAGUGCCUUCUAAUUGUGAAGUUGAGUGGCCACUUAAGAGGACCCAACCCUUAUCCUUUAUUCCGUCAACAAGUAGCUCUUGACUAGCUACUGUGAGCCAGGCACUGUUGAAGGCUCUGCAGAUGCAGCAGUGAUAGAAGGUCCCUGCCUUUGUGGGUCUUCUGUUCUGUUGGGGAGAGACGAAUCCAUAAUGCGUCUGGUGGAGAUUUGGCACUGAUGAUCCAGUAUUUUCCCCUAUCCUGAACUCCUCCUUCCGGGGUCCUGCUCCUCCCUAUUUCUUCACCUACCUCUGACUGUUCCUUUUCCUCUGUCUCUUAAAUUUGUUUCCAUAGGGUUUACUCCUUAGGUCUUUUCUAAGCAUUCUGGGCAGUUAACCACUAGAUGGGUGGUAGACCUUUAUCUCCAGCUUCUACCUCCUUGCUGAUGUCAGGUCUGUAUUUCAAGCUGUCUAAUGGAUAUCUUUAUCUGGAGGUUCCACAGUUGCCUCCAACUUCAAGUGCUUGCAAUAGAACCCAGCCGCCUCCCUCUCUUUCUGUGUUCUUUUUCUUUCCUUCAUUUAUUUUUUAAAUUAAUUUAUUUUUGGUUGUGUUGGGUCUUCGUUGCUGCACGCGGGCUUUCUAUAGUUGUGGCGAGCAGGGGCUACUCUUCAUUGCAUGCAUGGGCUUCUCAUUGCAGUGGCUUCUCUUUGUGGUGGAGCACAGGCUCUAGGCACACAGACUUCAGUAGUUGUGGCGUGUGGGCUCAGUAGUUGCGGUGCAUUGGCUUAGUUGCUCUGUGGCAUGUGGAAUCUUCCCGGCCCAGGGGUUGAACCUGUGUCCCCUGCAUUGGCAGGCAGAUUCUUAACCACUGCACCACCAGGGUAGUGCCUCUUUCUGUGUUCUUUUAUUUGAAAGCACCUAUCCGAGCCUUCAUAGAUGUUUGAUUCCUGCUUCAUCUCCAUCCCCUCAGUACUGUUGUCUCAUGUAGUCUAUUUCUAAAUAGUACCACAUCUUACCCUCCCCCCUGCAUUCACGUUGUCACUGCCAUGGUUUGGCUCUUUUGUUUUUUUUUGGAUGGUGCAGUAGCCUGCCUCUCAGUUCUCCUCUGAGCCAUUAUACUUGCCACCACUAGAAUUCUGUAACAUAUCUGGGCACUUGACCCUUGCUGAAAAAUUGUGAAUGGCUUCUUAAUGCCCUAAAAGACUAUGCAGCCAAAUUCAAGUUGCUUACUCUGGCAUUCAGUGCCCUUCUGUAAUGUUGUAUGCUCCCUACCCUUCUGGAAUCAUCUUGUCAAGAAUAGAGCACAGUUUGCCAGAGCCACAAGAAAGUCCCUUCAUGUUUUGAUAAUGCCAUGUUUUCUCAUAUCUCUUGGACUAUACCUGCAGUUAACUCCUUUUAUCUCUUCAGUGAAUUUAAGAUUGGGCUAAAAUGCUGUUCUUUCUGUGAGCCACUCUUUGAGAGUAGAUGGGCUGUGGAGAUAGUAAACGUUGAAAAAAGGAUAAAUUAUUUAAUGACCAAAAACAUGAAUAUUACCCAUUAAAAAUGAGAUAGUGUAAAUUGGGAGAUCAAUCAUGAAAGGUUGAAAGCAAAGGUAAUCUCAUACAAAUCGUGUUUACUGCAGUGUUUGUAAAUCACAAAUUGUUUAAAUAUAUCUAAUAUAGAAGAUGCUUACCCAGCCCCAAAAUAUAAAAUUCCACUAACUAGUUUUUUUGUUUGUUUUUAAACUAAGAAAACAAUAGAGUGCUAGUCAUAGGUGUGUUUUGUAUUUUUUCUUAAGAGGCAACAGCCUGGCCUCUUUCAUCUGGAAAGAGGUGGGGUCAAAUAGAUAAGCAGGAAGUAUCCUUGGAGAAGAUGAGCCCAAGGUCCAGAGAUCUCUUCACACAUUUAAUGUCAGCUGAAAUGAAAACCUCCAGGCCUUUUGCUCCCUUUGCCCAAUGGAUUCCCAAUUAUACUAUGUUCAUUCUGAGAAAGCUUGCAUCUAAAAACAUGUACACAUGCUGCUUUUAUUCUUGAAUAGUUACUUUAUCCCACCUAGAGGUAAUGCUAUGAUUUUAAGAGUGGAAAAACAUGCUGCGGUGUUAUACGUUCCAGAUACAUAGGCUUUUAAAGUUUGAGGUCUUCUGAAGCCCCAACAGUUUGAAGAAAUUAAAUCAACCCUUAGUUGUAAUUCCAUUCUUUAGCUUCACAUACUGCCCCUAGCCAUGUGACCUGGGACAAGUAAUUUGUCCUCUUCUGCUUCCUUUCCUGUAAAGUGCAUAAUAGGAUUGUUUUGAGAAGUGAGUUAAUAAAUGUGACUCUGAUACUGCAUAGGAUUAAGCUGAGACUCAUAUUUCAUUUACUAUUUGCUUGUCCACCUGGCUUGUAAUACAUGAAUAAAUG